AUGGCGACCGCCUCGCCAACACCAAUGGGCAGUCUGCCCAUCAGACGGACCUCCCAAAGACAACUCAGACGGCCGCUUUCAACAAUCACCAGAAGUACCAGCCAGGCUGCUCUCUCCGCAGCCCAGAAGCCUCAAAACCAGUUCCAUGAUGACUCGUCCGAGGAUGAGAUGCCCGUGCCCAUGAAGCUCAGCGCUCUCACCAAAGCAUUGCUCAAUGACGGAACACCAGAAGAUGGUGCCGACUACCAACAGGGCCGAUACCCCUCCCCUCCAAGAACCAGACGGCAAGCCAGCACCAGCACCGCUGCUCCUGCCGGUGCCCUUCGCCGCAGCACUAGGGCUGCUGCAGGCCACUCCACCGAAGACAGAUCCUCUCGGCCAACCAGCCCCAACAGAGACGCCAGUCCUCCCAGGAAACGCGUUGUGCGUCUUAGCAAUACGCCGCAAAGCUUGAACCAGUCGAAUGGCUCUCUACGCCGAUCCAUCUCCUCUUCACAGACUGCUCAACGUCCCGCACUACAGGAUAGCAUGGAAAAGCUGAAUGACGAGCGAAAUGACCUCCAGUCGGCUGUUAAGACCCCGUCACAGGCAAAUCGCGUCGUUCGCAUCGCAUCUGCUAACCGCUCCUCCGCUAACCGAAGUCGUCUUGAUUCGGCUGGCAACUCUGCUGGCCCAUCCAACUUUGACCGCUCUGUAAUGGACAAGUCUGCAGUUGAUGCCGAGUAUGAACCAGCCGAAGCUCCUGAUACGGCUGCGCGUAACAGUGCCUACGUCGGUACUGGCAGCGUCUCACGAUAUCCAUCGACGAGGAGUAGGCUAGAGGACAAUGGAAACCCACAGGGCUCUAUGCGUGUCAAGCGGGUAGGAAAACUAUCCGGAAGCUUCCUGAGCGGCCCUGCUCGACGCGGUAGACGCAGGCAGAGUGAGGAUGAUGAAGAGGGCAACGGUGAACAAGAGCUCGGGGCUCAGGACGCCAUUCCCCAACCUGUGGAAGAGCCUAUGGAACCAUACAACCCCGAAAUUAAUCGCCAGUUUAGCUCAGGAAGCCCUGUUGGUGCUCCUGUCAGCAGAGCUGCCCACCGACGAAACCCUUCUGGUCUUGAUGUGCGCAUGGAUUCUGCUAAACCAUCACCACACAAUUCCUUUGAAGAGGCUCCUAGACAGCCUGAGGAAUCCAAGAUUGGCGACAUUGGUCAUUUGCUUUCAGUUGGCCGACUGCAGAUGCCCUCAGCCCAGGAUCAGGAAAAUGAGAUGCCUCUUCGUACAAAAUGGUCCAAGCCUCUCAUUGACGACCUCGACAAAGCACGCCGUCCCCUCCAGGCUGACAUUGGUGUCGCCCGUCCUGCCUCACCCGAGCGCAAACCUCUAGCUGCUAUUACACGAAACACUCCUCAUCGCCAGGAGCCACCUCCACCCAAAAUGUCUGUCUUGGACGCUGCCACAGCUAAUUCUGGCGCCGCUACUGUUGCCCAGACCAAGCAGCGACGCAACAUUCUUCGCGUCAAUGGCAAAUGUUAUACUCGCCUCGAUUGCCUCGGCCGUGGUGGUAGCGGCAAAGUCUACCGAGUUACCGCAGAGAAUGGUGCAAUGUUUGCGCUGAAGCGUGUUUCUCUCGAGAAUGCCGACGAAACUACGAUCAAGGGUCUCAAGUGCGAGAUCGAGCUGCUGGAGAAGCUAACUGACGUUAGCCGUGUCGUUACUUUGGUUGCCCAUGAAAUGAAUACCGAGAAGCAAACGCUUAGCUUGGUCAUGGAGAUGGGUGAGCGCGAUUUGCACGGAGUCAUCAUGGGCCGCCAAAACAGCGAUAAUGCAAAGCUCGAUGUGCCCUUCGUCCGAUACUACUGGAAGGAGAUGCUCGAGUGCGUGCAGGCAGUCCACAACCGACAGAUUGUCCACUCGGAUUUGAAGCCUGCCAACUUUGUCCUUGUUAAAGGCGAGUUGAAGCUGAUCGAUUUUGGCAUUGCCAACGCCAUUCAGACAGACCAAACUGUCAAUGUCCAUAGAGAGACUCAGAUUGGCACACCAAACUAUAUGUCUCCCGAGUCACUGCUCGACUCCAACAAUCCUCGCGGUGGACGAAUCCCCGGCCGCCCUAAGCUCAUGAGAAUCGGCAAACCCAGCGACGUGUGGUCACUUGGCUGCAUCCUAUACCAGAUGGUCUAUGGUGUGCUUCCUUUCGGCCACAUUGCCAACCAGAUGGCUCGCUGCCAGGCUAUCAUUAACUGGGACCACCAUAUCGAGUACCCUUCUCGCGGACUGGGUGGCCUUCUUAUUCCACCAUCUCUCAUUCGCACUAUGCGCCGCUGCCUUAACCGAGACGUCCACAUGCGCCCGACUUGCCAGGAACUCCUCGACGAUGCCGACCCCUUCUUGUACCCUGCUGAAUUUGGCGAACGUGCAUUGCCCAUUGACGAGGAGCUUCUCGGCAGAAUCAUUCACAGCGUUGUUACCAGAUGCCGCGAACGCAUGCCUACAGACCAGGAGAGUGCGAAGGUCUGGCCACAGGCAUACUGGGCCAGUAUUAGGAAAGCAAUGGUUGGGAAGAUGUAG